UACUGUAAAAGUUUCUGAGUAACACAGUCCAUCAGUUUUUUCCUUUAAAAAAGUGCUCAGCUUCUCAUGAUCCGUGUGAAAUAUGGAGUAAGAAAAAUAAUUCAACUAGAAGAAGGCAAAUCCAGAAUUAUUGGUAAUGCGCUAUUAGCCUACAACUAAGGCAAGCAUCCACAAUUGCAGCACAUGAAAGAGCAGAAACAUGGCAAGUUAAGGAUCAUCAACGUUCUAUGUCCUAGGUGUUUCAUCAUUUGAUCGAUUGAUAGAGACUGAAGAAGAAAACAUGCACGUAACUUUCAUUCCAGGAGAAGUACAGGAUCUAUGGGAUAAUUGGGGUCUGGAAAUGCUUGUGCUAUUGAGUUUCACCAUCCAAGUGAUCCUCACAGUGUAUGGAAGCCGCAGAAAGGACAUCCCAGGUUUGAGGACAAGGUUCACAGUUUGGUUCACCUAUUUGCUGUCUGCUUCCCUUCAAAAAAUCAUCAUAGGCAAGCUUACAGUAAUACCUGAAAGUGAUCCAAGCGAACGCAACAUAAGACGUGAACUGAAGGCACUGUUUGCACCAUUGCUUCUGGUGCAAAUUGGAAAUCCAGAUGCCAUAACUGCAUACUCAAUUGAAGAUAACAGAUUGGGGCUGAGGCAGUUGCUCACCCUUGUUCUCCAAGUAGCUGUGGUGAUUUGGAUCAUCAUAAAGAGUUGGACACAUUCACAACUCUCUUUUCUGUACUUGCCAUUACUUGUAUCUGGACUAAUCAAGCAUGGAGAAGUUGUUUGGGCUCUAAAGUCAGCACUUACUAAAGGAUCGGGCAUAAUCACCAUUCAAGAAAUUGACCAAGAAGCCAACAUGCCUGCUUUAUUCAGAUUUCUUCCUGAGGAUAUUCCAAACAUAGAGUUGAUCCUAAAGGCUUAUUACCGCUUUAUCUCAUUGAAGCCCCAUCGUGAGAAUUGGCUCUACCAGCCUUUAUACGAAUCGCUACCCCAUAUGUCUAUAGAUGAGUAUGCUCCAGAAGACAUCUUCCACAUCACAGAUGCAGAACUGAGCUUCAUGUACGAUGUGUUGUACACCAAGUCACCUAUAAUCUAUACCAAAGCAGGUUGUAUUCUUCGUGUCGUAAGCUUUUUCAAUUUAGUUCUAACAUUGUGUGGAUUCUCAGUCUUAUUUAGGCAAGAAUUUUCACGCCAUUGGAAAGCAUGUUUUAUAGUUGGGGUGUUAGGUGGAGCAGUUCUCAUGGAGGCAUACCAGAUUGUACAAUUACCGUUCUCAGAUUGGGCCAUAAUUCAAAUGAUCAAGCACAAAGAUCUUCCACUCAUGAUUCCAUGCUUGAGAAUUCUUGGACCCAGAGCCAGGAGUUGGAAAAGGUGGUCAAACUCAUUGCCACAGUUCAACUUGCUAAGCUUUUGCAUUCAUGACAAGCCAAUAAGGUGUGGAAAAAUUCUAAAAUUCCGUGGCAUUGACGUGGAGUUGAAAAAGAACAGGUGCAGGACACGCAUAGAAUUUCCCCAAGAACUGAAAGCUCUGAUGGUUCAAGAAAUGAAAGAUAUUGAUGGAGUUAGAAGACUGAAGCACUUCAACCAACGAGGAGAAUGGUCACUCGGCAGGUAUGGCUCGCCCAACGACAUCAAAUGGAGUGUUAAACGAGACUUCGACAAGAGCAUUGCAAUAUGGCACAUUGCAACAGACAUAUGCUACUAUUCAGAUGCUCAUGCCAAGGAUUCAAGCCCCAAAAUCCAAAUGGCCAGAUUAUUGUCCAAUUACAUGAUGUACCUCCUAGCCAUGCGCCCUCACAUGCUGUCCACCACCACUGCCAAUAUAAUAUUUCAACACGCCUGUGAUAAACUGAAGGGUUUGACGGUAGACAAAGAACAAUGUGUGAAAGAUGAAAAAGAAGCAUGCAGGAUUUUGAGAACAGAAAGAGUUCCCCAACAUUUAAAUUCUGAGCGGAAAUCAGAAACUGUUGUGACAUCAAAAUGGAACAUGCUUAGGGAUGCUCAGAGACUGGCUAGGAAUUUGAUGCUAAGGGAGAACAGAUGGCAGAUCAUAUGCAGUGUGUGGGUGGAGAUGUUGUGUUAUGCUGCAGCUAAUUGCUCAACAGAUUAUCACUCUGAACAAAUAAGGAGAGGUGGAGGUUUGGUAACACAUGUUUGGAUUCUGUUAGCUCACAAGACUGAUAAAUAUCACAUCAGUGACUAGUAAUACAUUUACCUGGUUUGGUUUCUCACGAAAUUGGAUCUGUAUUUUGUGAGGUUUACAUUCUUCUCUUUGCUUCCGGUUUACGGUUUGUAACGCUAUUUGUACGCAUUCUGAUUUUUUCAGGGACCAUUUUAGAAUAUUCUAACGCACUAUGUGAUGGAAUUUUAGAAAUCAAUAUUCAUAGAUAUUGAGCAUAUAUAGUAUGCGAAAACAAUGCAAUUACAGAAUCAUUGGUAAUACGUGCAUGCCUAUGAAGGAUAGAGUAUUUAUUUCUAUAAUACGUGAUGCCUAUGAAGAACAGGUGCAUGCCUAUGAAGGAUAGAGUUUUUCACCCACCUUCUAGGAAAUCAAUGAGUUGAGAGAUUAUUUGUGUAAAUUUCUAUAAUGGGGUGGGGUAAUAAAUUUGCAAAAGAUAACACAUGUUUGGAUUCUGUUAGCUCACAAGACUGAUAAAUAUCACAUCAGUGACUAGUAAUACAUUUACCUGGUUUGGUUUCUCACGAAAUUGGAUCUGUAUUUUGUGAGGUUUACAUUCUUCUCUUUGCUUCCGGUUUACGGUUUGUAACGCUAUUUGUACGCAUUCUGAUUUUUUCAGGGACCAUUUUAGAAUAUUCUAACGCACUAUGUGAUGGAAUUUUAGAAAUCAAUAUUCAUAGAUAUUGAGCAUAUAUAGUAUGCGAAAACAAUGCAAUUACAGAAUCAUUGGUAAUACGUGCAUGCCUAUGAAGGAUAGAGUAUUUAUUUCUAUAAUACGUGAUGCCUAUGAAGAACAGGUGCAUGCCUAUGAAGGAUAGAGUUUUUCACCCACCUUCUAGGAAAUCAAUGAGUUGAGAGAUUAUUUGUGUAAAUUUCUAUAAUGGGGUGGGGUAAUAAAUUUGCAAAAGAUCGAAUACAUAGAUCAUAUCUCUAAUUG